GGUGACGUCAGCGACGUUCACGCCUGGCCGUCGGCCAUCUUUGGCUGCAAAGCGGCGGAAGAAGGCUAAUUCUGAGGCGAGAGCCAGGCGUUACCAGACUCGAUGAAUUUCCAUCGAAAUGUCAGAGAGGUCAGGCCAGAGCACAAAAGCAAAGGACGGCAAAACCAAGUAUGCAACACUCAGCCUGUUUAAUACAUACAAGGGGAAGUCAAUCGAAACACAAAAAAAUACAGUUGCAGCACGCCAUGGAUUGCAGAGUCUGGGGAAAGUGGCUAGCUCACGGCGCAUGCCACCACCUGCUAACCUCCCUAGUCUCAAAGCAGAGAACAAAGGCAACGAUCCCAAUGUGAAUAUUGUACCAAAGGAUGGAUCAGGAUGGGUCACUAAACCAGAACAGCCUGAAGAAGAGAGCAAUAGUACCACAGCACCCCCUGAGCAGGAAUCGCAGCAGCCCAUUUCAGUAGCCCCAGUUCCAACCGCACAGGAAGAAGUGAUCACAGCUGUGAAAUCCUGGGCCCAGACCAAUAACCAGCACAGUGGUCAAGAAGAUGGAAUUCAGGGCUUAAAUACCCAUUUCCAGCAUGAAUUUCCUACCCUGCAGGCAGCUGGGGAUCAGGAAAAAGUUGUGAAGGAUAAAGACUUGCCUGAUGAAGCAUCUGGUCCUGGACUGACCUUGCGCCCACAAAUUGUUUGUUGGCGAGAUGGUGGAGGGAAGCCUGGAGAACCUGAAGUAGACGGUAAACCCUCCAGCUCCGAAGGUGGAGCCACUGCUGCAGCAGAACAGAAUGAUACUUGUAAGGGACCUGAUGGACGAGACAAGAUUGUUUCUGUGCCUCUAACUAAGAUGAACGGACAGAAGAUUAUCACAAUUCCGCUUUGUACACCACAGAUCAGAGGAAUAUUGCCAUCCUUCCUGAGUUAUCCACAAAUAAGAUUGCAAUUUCCUCAAGUGCAAGGACAUCGUCUGCAAUUUCCUGCACCAAAUAUUAAGCAAAGUGGAAGGCCACAACUUCAAUCUUGCCCUGAUGAGCGACCCUCCAUUAUUAAGCCGAAUGAACUGAAGGAGCUUGAUAUCCUGGACACAGAGAAUGAUGAUGGCUGGGCAGGAGCCCAGUCGGAAGUGGAUUACACAGAAAAGCUAAAUUUCAGUGAUGAUGAGGAGUCAGGCAUAUCAAAGGAGAGAGAUGAGAGCUGUGAUGACCCUGACAAAAUCACCAAAACUGAGCAUUUUAAGUCAAAACAUCCAGAGAACGCUGAUGGACGAAAAGAAGAUGAAUGUCCCAGCGCAACAGCAGACUCUGCUCCAAAGUCACCAAAUGGCAGGAGCUCAGUCAACCGAAUGGAUCGACAGGAAAUCGGACUGACCCCACCACCUGCUGCCAUACAGGAGUCACGUGCACCAAUUCUUUCUGCUGCUGCUGUUCAGAAAUCGGUUUUGCAGGUGCAUCCAAGUCGUCAGAUCGGGCCUGGAAAACUUCCCAUCCCCAAACCUGGAUUGUCAGGUGAAGAUGAUGACACCUGGAGACAGAGGCGAAAACCUUCAUCAACUGACAUGUCGGCAGCCGUAGAAAGAGCCAGGAAACGCCGCGAAGAAGAAGAGCGGCGCAUGGAGGAGCAAAGGCUGGCAGCCUGUGCUGAGAAACUCAAGAAACUUGACGAAAAAUUUGCUAUGGAAAAAGAAGCAAAACAAGAAAAGGAGAGGGAAAAAGAAAAGAAGGAACGGGAGGAAAAAGCUAAAGCAGAGGAAAAAGCUAAAGCAGAGGAAAAGGCUAAAGCAGAGGAAAAGGCUAAAGCAGAGGAAAAGGCUAAAGCAGAGGAAAAGGCUAAAGCAGAGGAAAAGGCUAAAGCAGAGAAAAGGCUAAAGCAGAAGAAAAGGCUAAACAAGAGGAGGAGAAGGCUAAACAAGAGGAGGAGAAGGCUAAACAAGAGGAGGAGAAGGCUAAACAAGAGGAGGAGAAGGCUAAACAAGAGGAGGAGAAGGCUAAACAAGAGGAGGAGAAGGCUAAACAAGAGGAGGAGAAGGCUAAACAAGAGGAGAAGGCUAAACAAGAGGAGGAGAAGGCUAACCAAGGGAGGAGAAGCUAAUCAAGGGGAGGAGAAGGCUAACCAAGAGGAGGACAAAGUCACAAAGGAGGUGUUUGAGGCUGAAGUUUCCAAAGACCACAAUACUGAAAUUGAGAGCAGCAGCAUUAAAGAUAAUGCAGAUGAUACUUCCCAGCCCAUCCAGCCUAUCAGUCAACCAGACACCACUAACAGUGAGAAGGAAAUUUCUCAAAAAACAAAUGAUGCUGAGGGUGAUUCAAGCUCCCAAACUCGACCUGCUGUUCCAUCAGGAUACUCAAAACAGUUUCAGAAAUCGCUGCCCCCUCGAUUCCAGCGACAGCAGGAGCAAAUGAUGAAGCAACAUCAGUGGCAACAGCAACCAGGAGUCCAUCAGCAGCAAACACAAUCCCAGACUCAGUCACAAUCCCAAACCCAAGCUCAGCCACAGGCUCAGCCACAGGCCCAUUCACAGCCUCAGCCUUCUGGAGCACCACCACAGCACAGGCCUUUGUAUCAGACUCCCCUAGGCCCACCUCAUCCUCAACACUUGGCUUCCAUGGGAUUUGAUCCACGUUGGAUUAUGAUGCAGCCUUACAUGGAUCCACGUAUGAUGUCUGGAAGGCCACCUAUAGACAUGGCACCAAUGCACCCUGGUAUGAUGCCAACAAAACAACUGAUAAGAAGAGAUCAGAUUGACACCUCCAGUUCUGGAUCAGAAUCAUUGGACCAUCAUUCACGGACAGGCAGGGAUCACCCUCUCCAGGCGACAGAGCCUCGAUUAGUAUGGGGCUCAGAUCCCUAUCCUCGCACAGAGCCACGAUCAGUUGCUACCCCUCCAUCAAUGGCCGAAGAAUCAAAAGACUGGAGGUCAGGAUUGCAGAGGGAGCAAGAGAGAAAGGUUUAUCCCACCGAACAGAAGCCACUAUCACAGCGCUUGAACCAGGAGUUCUUAAGAGACAAGGGAGAUGAAGAGAAAGGAAAAUUCACAAAAAAAUUAGUGGAGGAAAUGCGCCCUGUUCAAACUGAGAAAGUAACCGAGACUGUGAAUGUGGAGGUUCUGGAUAAGAGUGCAAUUGGUAGCUCCCGAGAGGAGCUAGCAAUACAAGGAGAAACAAGAACAGUUUUAAAGAAAAACCUCUCUCAUGGAUCAAACCAAUCCCACGGGAUGAACCAUUCACUGAAGCUCGAGGACCAGAAAGGUGAUUUUUUGCCAAUUGUUACAAAAAUGCAGAACAGGUACACUGAGCCAAAAGAGCAGCACGAGAAACCUGACGAAAAAUCAAAGAAAGAAAGUAAACAAUCAGAGGGGCUGAGGAAUGAUAAGCCACUCAGGAAAGAAUCCAAAUCAGACACCCGUUGGGGUCCCAGAGCAGGUUUCAAUAGGAGGGAUGACGGUGGUAAUAGGCCAAUAAGACGCUCUGGUCCAAUCAAAAAGCCGGUGCUGAGGGAUAUGAAGGAAGAACGUGAACAAAGGAAAGAAAAGGAGGAGGAAAAAUAUUCUAUUCCAGGCAAGGGUAAUAAAACUGGAAAAGUGGAAAAGAAAGAACUCGCUCAGCCAGUCAAUAAAAUAAGCAAUAAAAUUGAGCCUGAAAAAUCUGCUCCAGAUGGUCACAUGUCAUUGACUAAAAAAGUGCCCCAGGAUUUGAAACAGACUACAGAUAAAACCGAGCCAUCUCCGCAAGCUACACCUGCAAGCAAGCCUGUAAGCAAUCAGACUGCUCCAGUUCAAGCACCAAAAGAUGAGAAGCAAGAGAAGCCACAGCCUAAGAAUCAGAUCUCAGAAAAGCACCGAUUUGAAACACGACCUGCUAUCAGGAAAGAUUAUAGCUUACCACCACGUAACUACCGCAGAGACCCCCGGGAGCGUGACUGGUUGCCCGAUCAGGGAUAUAGAGGAAGAGGACGUGGAGAAUUUUAUUCCCGAGGACGCAGCUUUAGAGGUUCCUAUAAUGGUCGUGGGCGAGGAGGAAGGGGUCGCAGUCGAGAAUACCCUCGUUAUAGGGAGUCGAGACCAAGGCCUGAGCAAGUCUCCAAUGUACCUUCAUUCAGGCAAAGGGAAGAGAGUGAAACUCGUAGUGAAAGCUCUGAUUUUGAAGAGGUUCCUAAACGCCGUAGACAGCAUGGAUCUGAAACUGACUCUGAGAGUGAAGCCCAUGAAAGUGCAAGUGACACCUUCUCAGACAAAGAAAACGCAAACAAAGGAAAGCGUCUUAAGAAAGAGGAAAGGCCAGAAAGUAAAAACAUUCAAAGGUCUUUCAGAUCUGAAAGCAGCUCUAAGGUGGAGGUCAGAUCUGCAGAUAAGGUGCCUUUGAAAGAGGAUGAGCCAAAGCCCAAACCUGGCUUUCUUCCCAGAGGUGAACCAUCAAGACGUGGUAGAGGGGGAAUGUUUAGAGGUAGCAAUAGAGGAGGUGGUGGAGGGCGUGGUGCUUCACGAUCUGCACAGCUGAGGAAGCCAGGACCUUAUUAUUCACCAUGGCCUCCUCGAUCCGACACCUUCAAAAGAGAAGAUGGGGAAGCAAAGAAACCAGACCGCAAUGAAUCGCUUCCUUUAGAUCGGAGGCCAUUUAGACCCGAGCGUAAAUUUGACCAUAGCAGAGAACGACUUAGGAAGCAAAGACCCACACGACCACCAAGACAGGAUAAACCACCAAGAUUCCGUCGUUUGAAAGAGAGAGAGGCUGCUGCUAAAGUGAACGAGACCACUGUAAACGUUGUGACAAAUGCAACCCCUAGUAUUAGUGUGCAGGAACAUACAGCCACUGCCUUAGAUGUAGCUGGAAGCAAGUCGCCAGACUUGUCCAAUCAAAACUCUUCAGAUCAAGCUAAUGAAGAAUGGGAGACUGCUUCUGAAAGCAGUGACUUCACUGAGAGACGAGACCGAGAUGAAAAGAAAACCGCUGUCAAUUUGCAGGCACCAACAAAGUCUGGGGAAAGUGGUCUCCUUCCAAAGCGGGAGACUGCAAAGAGAAGUUUUUCCAGCCAGCGUCCAGGGACAGAUCGACAGAAUCGUAGAGGCAACAGUGGACCAGCAAAACCAAACAGAAAUUUUUCUGGGAGCAAGAAUGAAAGGCGCGGUGGGAUGUCAAAGCCUGGUAAAAGAAGGCAUUUUGAAGACCGAACAGCAGCAUUGACUGGUUUUGAUCCCACCACCAGUAACACGACUCACCACCCAGAAGAAGGCAGCGGUGUGGGUGCAGCCCAGAAGUACCCAAAGGAUGCAGCCAGCAAGAAAAGGGAAGAGGCCAAAUUGGCUGCGAAGAAACCGAAAGAAAAGGCCGAUGCUCUGUCACAGUUUGACCUGAAUAACUAUGCCAGUGUGGUGAUCAUUGAUGACCACCCAGAAGUGACAACGGUUGAAGACACACAACAUAACACGACUGAUGAUGGAUUCACAGAAGUGGUGUCAAAGAAACAACAGAAGCGCCUACAGGAUGAAGAACGCAGAAAAAAAGAGGAACAAGUUGUACAGAACUGGAGCAAGAAGAAUGUGAAUGAGAAGGGGAGAGGUCAGAAUUCUAAACUCCCUCCACGAUUUGCAAAGAAGCAGCAAGCAGCCCAACAGGCCCAAGCUCAGGCUCAAGCUCCGACUGCAGCUUCAGUCCAGCCACAAGCUCAGCCCCAACUGCAGGCUCUAGCUCUAACUCCAGCUGCAUCUCAGCCUUCAGUACCGACAUCAGUCCAGCAGCAGGUGCAGGGAGGGAGCAGUCCUCCAGAAAAUGCUUCCGAGUAUCCAGUCUCUGGAAAGGCACUGCUCCCGACUCCGGCACAUAGUGCAGUGGAGACAGAGCUGUGGGAAAACAAAUCGAGUUCUUCUGCUGCCCUUUCUGACGGCACCAAAAAACUGGGACCAAUUAGUCCUCCCCAGCCUCCAUCAGUCAGUGCAUGGAACAAGCCUUUGACUUCUUUUGGAUCCACCCCAUCACCUGAGGGAUCCAAGCCCAAUCAGGAAAGUGGAAUUGAACUGGGAGCUGAAUCUGGCCUGUCAGGUGCAUCGAAAACUAGUGCCACUACUGCCAGUAGUAGCAGCAGCAUUGUCACUGACACCACAACCACCAUCACCACCACUACUAUACCAGCAAGUGAGGUGAUACCAGCUGAGAAGGCCACUGAGAAUAAACUACCAGAACCAAAAGAACAGCGACAGAAACAACCUCGCGCCGGUCCAAUCAAAGCUCAGAAACUUCCGGACUUGAGCCUAGUGGAGAGCAAAGAGCAUAAACCUGGCCCCAUUGGUAAGGAGAGAUCACUGAAAAACCGAAAGGUCAAAGAUGUCCAGCAAGGUGAAACGGAAGGAAAAGACAAGACUCCAGCUGCAACUGUCAGAAGCCCAGAUUCUGUAGUAACGAAAGAAACUAAAUCAGUGACGGAAUUGAGUACUGAAGUAAAGACGAUCCUCUCUGUGACAGCUCCAGAAUUUUCUUCAAAGGAGACCGUAACUGACUACACAGCUCCUUCAACUUCACUCUCCGAUCCUGUGUCAACAGGCAGUGGCAAAAUAGAUGAUGCCCUGGUCGGCAAUGUGCCCUUGCCCCACACCCUUCCCAUCCCCAGGAGGGAGACUCUACAACAGAGCUCCAGCCUGACACCAGUCUCUCCCGCCACUGUCGACUUCACCCUCAAGAUGGAAUCCGCUCGGAAGGCCUGGGAAAAUUCACCAAACGUAGGAGAAAAAAGUGUUCCAGUGACCUCUGCAACAUCACCAAUCACCAGUGGUAGUGGAAGCAACACCGGUACUUACAGCUCUUUCUCCAGUGCUUCCAUGCCUCCUAUUCCUGUAGCCUCAGUCACACCCACUACCCCUUUGUCAGGAACGGGGACGUAUACUACCUCCUCACUGAGUACGAAAACGGCGACCACCUCAGACCCACCCAAUAUUUGUAAAGUAAAACCUCAGCUAAUGCAAACCAGCAACAUGGCUGCUGCAAGCCACUUCUCCCAGCUGGGCUGCAUACCAUCACUCAUUUCCCAGCAGCAGCAGAGCCCACAGGUGUACGUCUCCCAAUCUGCAGCAGUUCCUGCAGGUCAGAUCCCGACCUUCUAUAUGGAUACCAGCCACCUAUUCAGUACACAACAUCCUCGACUGGCUCCUUCCCUGGCACAGCAACAAGGCUUCCAGACAGCGCUCUCACAACCAACUGCAGUUCAGCAGAUUUCAAUACCAAUAUAUGCACCGAUUCAGAGUCCGCCUCAGGCUCAAAUGGGCUUAGGAGGAGGCCCUUCAGUGUCACAAGCCCAAGAAAUGUUCAACACCUCCUUGCAACCUUUUAGGUCUCAACAGGCUUUCAUGCAAAACAGUCUUUCCCCGCCUUCUCCCGUCGUUCUCUCUGGUACUACUCUGCAUAAUUUUCCAGGUGUACAAGCCCAAGAUCUUGCUAAAGCCCAAUCUAGUCUGGCAUUUCAGCAGACAUCCAACACACAGCCCAUUCCCAUUCUUUAUGACCAUUCACUAAAUCAGGCUUCAGGCCUUGGUGGUUCUCAGCUUAUUGAUGCCCAUCUAAUACAGGGGAACUCUACUCAAUGGCAUGUGCAGGGCCUGAGAACAGGAGAGGCCGAGGCAAGCAACUACGAUAUAUACUACCAUACCUUUCAGCAUUUUCAUAGGAAAGCAAGGCAGGGUCUCACCCAGCCAUCCAACCUCUACGCAGGACAGAUUCAACCUCCUGGCCAGAAUAACUACUACAGCGCAGCUCAGUCACCCAACCCUGCUCUACAACAGAUGACUGUACCUAUGCCAGGUUCACAGCUUUCCAUGCCAAACUUUGGAUCCACAGGGCAACCCCUGAUUGCUUUACCACAGUCUCUACAAGCUAUACAGCACACUCAAACACAAGCCCAAGCUCAGAGCAUGAGUAGACAAGCGCAAGUCAACCAAUCUUUCAGAGGUCUAAUUGCAACUGGACACCAAGCUGGCAUGAUGUCUGCAGCAGGCAAGAUGAGCGAUAUGGAUCUGAAGCCUUUUGGAAGCGGUAUGGAUAUGAAACCAGUUACACCACCAAUCAAUAUACGAACCAACACCCCAACCUCCAGCCCGUUCAGGACCAGUUCCACCAGCCCGAACAGCCAAUCCAGCAAGAUAAACAACAUGAUCUAUCAGAAGCAGUUCUCCAACAUGGCAGGGGUUCGGAUGACCCAACCAUUCCCCGCACAAUUCCCACCACAGAUGCUUUCCCAACCCAACCUGGUCCCUCCACUGGUAAGAGCACCUCACGGAAAUACUUUCUCAGCUCCUAUCCAGCGGCCUCCAAUGCCCCUGGCAAAUCAGAUGCAACCCCAAAUGACCGCAGGUAUCAUCUGCCAUGCUCGCCCUCAGCACACAACAAGGCUUCCUCCUGGACCCACCCAGGGAAUCCGUGGAAAUCAGGCCCAGGCGGCAAUGAAGGCUGAACAAGAUUUGAAGGCAAAGCAGCGGGCGGAGGUGCUUCAAUCCACACAGAAGUUCUUCUCUGAGCAGCAGCAGCAGCAGCACAUAAAGCAGACGGUGAGCAAAAGUCAGAAAGCUGAGAGCAGUAAGCCAGCAGAGAGUGGAACCGAAGCGCCGAUCAGCAGAGAAGACAAACCUGAAGACAAAGAAAAUCCAAGUCCGGCUGCACCAUCAAAACCCGUUCGAACUGGACCAAUCAAACCUCAGGUAGUCAAACCAGAGGAAACUAAAUCUUAAAUGAUAUAUGGAACAGACUAGCUGUAAUAAACAUCUAUAGGAUGAAAAGGGGGCUCUUCUCUGUGAGAUAAAGAGCAAGAGAGAGCACCAAAUGAAAUUUCUUUUGUAACCAAGAAAUUGAUAUGUGAAGUAGUUUAAGUGAAACCUGAACUAUUCGAUAAAACUGAUGGAUCAUUAUUUUGAGAGCCCAGAGGCCUGGUUGUGUAAACUAAUCCUAUGAUAAAAUCUUAGUGUUGACUUGAGUCUUGACGAUUAAAAUCUUUAAAAAGGCAAUGUCUGACUUGUGUGGUAUUUUCUUUGAGAUAAUCACUGCAAAUAGGUGUAAGGGGCCAGAGAAUGGUGACUGACCAGUUUUACACUUUUAAGGUGAGUGUUUAAUAAUCCUGUAGCAAAAAUAAGUUUUUCCAGAAACAAAGCAGCGAAUUAUAGUAAAGACCUACAAAGGGGUUUAAUCUCCUUUUAUUGUAACCUAUUACUUUCACAUUGUGUUGGUGCAACCCAAUUUAAUCACAAGUCUAAUAUUGCCUUUUUUGAUCAUAUGCUAGUAUUAUAGCUGUAGGAUGUACUAUAUUAUACUAUGUGAAUGUAAGAUAUCUUGUCUAUUUGCUUAUGAUCAAUCAGUAAUUAGUGACUGUGCUAUCAACACAGGUGUUUUUAUUACAUAAUUCUUACCCAUGUUUGACAAAAAUAGAUAAAAUGCUAAUGAAGGUACAAAAUGAUAAAAGGAUUGCUGUUCUUGGUAGUCAAGUCCUUUGGCAGAAAGUGCAAGUUUAAGGUUGAUUUUCUGAUCUGUAUAUUUUUGUCGCACGGCUGGUGAGGUUGGGUGAGUGAGUGAAUGCUGGAAACCUGGCUCGCCAUCAAUCGUGUUCUGACGAGUCAUUUUUAUUUGCUUUCUUUGAAAACUCAGCUGUGACGUCUGAUUUCAAGAUUUGUAUUCCGCCUGUACUGUGUAUUCAUUUGGCAUUGUACAAAUGUUAACAGCCAUAUUGGUAUAGAAAUAUUAUACUUUAAAUUUUUCAUUUGUACAGGGUUAAUGCACUUAAAUAUGUACGGUCUUAUUUACAAUUUCUUUGGUUUGGUUACAUAAACUAAUAAAAAUAUGCUCUGAAA